AUGCUCCCGGACGACUACGGUUGUGUGGUGGCGAAUCGUUUCUGUCAGCUUGUGGAUGACGAGGCCGACCCGUUUGACUUUAUAAAACAGGCCGAGGUACAAAAGGAGAAGAAAAAGAAAGCAAACCAAAUGACAGUGAAGCCUAAAAAACCUGGACAGAGGGAGUCCCAGGGAGAUAGGCGGGUCUCCGUUUUAGCCGACAGAGAAGACAACCUGCCAAGAAAUGAAACAGGUGCUAAGUGGUCUGCCCGAGGGGGAGGGGUCCAGAAUGAGAGCAGAGGGGUGGUGGAGGCUGAGAGUGGUGCAAGGCGAGGUGUCCUUGGGGAACGCAGGACCAACCAAGAGGAACACCCACUGGAUUACUCCAUCCAGAAGCCAGCUCAUUAUGCUUAUGGCCAAGUUCAAGGAGGUGGAGGUGGCUACAGAAACAUGGAUACUACCGGUAGCUUCAACCUGAGAGGCAAGAGAGAAUAUGAACCCCACUGUGGAACAGGCAUCUCCCUUGAGGAGAAGAGAGGAGGACGUGGGCCCUGGAACAGGGGCUGUGUUCAAGACCCUAUUUCCAUGGGCCUAUCGGAGGUGGAGGGGGAUGUGGUGGUCCAAGUUGCCAUGGAGAUGUCUCUGGACGAGUGGAAGGCCCUGCAGGAGCGGAGUCGCCCCAAGGCAGAGUUUAACCUCCGUAAGCUGGACUGCAAGGUGCCCUCCAAGGCCAGAGUAAUACACAAGUCCAAAUGCAUUGAGAACUUGAAGGCGGAGUCUGUGGAGGAAGAGGACUGCCACUUCUCCAGUCUGCGCAGGUCUGCCAAUGACAUCACUUCCCACUUGGAGUUCAACUUUGGCAGCCUGCUGCGCUCCAGCCGAGGGGGGAAGGGACAAGGCAGGGGGGAAAGAGGGGGGAUGACUGAAAGGGCUUAUGUCUUAGCCCCAAACCCAGAAGACCCUGAUGACUUCCCUGCAUUGGCUGUGGGGAGAUAA